AUGGCUACCCCCAGUGUCCUUACUUUUGAUGCUGAGGGCCGUGCCGUUGACUUUGAGGUCUGGGUCGAUAACCUCCAGCAGUUCCUCCAGUGCGAUAGGGCAGACGGCCUCUCUCUGUUCGACCUCACCUCUAGUGCCUCCCCUGCCCCGCCUGCUACUGCUGACAACACUGUUCGCUCACAGUGGGCGACACGCAAUGCUGCUGCCCGUCUUGCUGUGCGUCGCCACUUACCGACCACUGAGCGUGCACACUUUAGCCAGUACAAGAGUGCUCAGACCUUGGACCACAUCGUCUCAGUUUGCCCCACCACUCUCACCGUUGACCUCCUCGAGAAGGCCCUCCUAGCACCAGAGAAGAGCAUAGUCGUUGUAGGAGCCUCUCGUGGUGACCCUCGCACCCCCGUCUUUGAGGGGUGUUCCCCCUCCCCCCUCUUGCCCUCUAUUGCUUCUGCUGCUGCGGCCGACCUCUUUGGUUCCGAGUCGGUCGGCGCUGCGUCUACCCCUAGCGGGAGACGCCGCACCGGCAAGGGCAAGCGGGGCAAGGGCGCUGGAGGGGCUGGCGGGGGCGGUGGAGGUGGUGGUGGAGGCAGUGGAGGGGGUGGGGGUGGUGGUGGGAGUGGUGGCAGUGGUUCUUAG